GAAGAUCCUUCGUCCGGUGCAUUAACGCGUAUGCUUGGAAGGUUCACACAGAGGCAUUUGGUUGAACGGUUUAUGCCAAUCGUAGUGUGCUGCGAACCGCGACGGAAUCGGUCGAGAGUUGAUGAGAGGAAGACCACAGUUAUACAACAGAGCCACGUUUAUCAGCGGGCGUUAUAUCAGUCUUGAAACUUCGGCCAAGGGUCGACCAAGCUAAGCGCCUGCCUCUUGUGGCCGUGGCCGCCGUGCAUGUGUGUCCGAGUGAAAAGAGCGUGUACUGUAGGAUAAAGCUAUCCUACAAUAAGAAACAACCACAUUACUAGGUGAGAUCGUUGAACGAGCAGAAAGGUAGAACCGUUGCCGAAUCAACCAGAACCACCGUCAGCCGUGUAACCGUCCCCGUGAGCACCCGUCAAGACCACGCACCCGUCAGAUCGUAUCGAUGGCGUCGAGUCCGCGAGCAGGUGGUGCCGCCCAGCGCCCGAACGGUGCGACACAGAACAAAAUCUGUCAGUUUAAGCUCGUCCUGCUGGGCGAAUCGGCGGUCGGCAAAUCGUCGCUGGUGUUACGCUUCGUCAAGGGCCAGUUCCACGAGUACCAGGAAAGUACGAUCGGUGCCGCUUUCCUCACACAAACCCUCUGCAUCGACGAUACGACAGUGAAGUUCGAAAUCUGGGACACUGCUGGACAGGAAAGGUACCACAGUUUGGCGCCCAUGUACUACCGAGGUGCACAGGCCGCGAUCGUGGUGUACGAUAUUCAAAACAGUGAUAGCUUUGCGAGGGCCAAAACGUGGGUCAAGGAGCUUCAAAGACAGGCAUCGCCAAACAUUGUGAUUGCAUUAGCCGGUAACAAGGCCGAUCUGGCAAACAGUCGCGUCGUGGACUACGAGGAGGCCAAGCAAUACGCUGACGACAAUGGGCUACUAUUUAUGGAGACAUCCGCCAAAACGGCCGUCAAUGUGAAUGAUAUAUUCCUUGCAAUAGCUAAAAAGUUACCCAAGAACGAGGGUGCUGGACCGCAGCAAAACAUUAGACCAACGCAAAACGAAACCAAUAGGCAGAACAGCGGCUGCUGUGCUGUGAGCAAGUGAUGUUAUUCAGCAGCAACUGGACUGUUGAAUGCGUGUGAAAACUGCUGCAUGAAAAAUUGUAUAAUGGUAAUUAUCGUUACGUUGAAGCAGCCGGCGGCGGCGUUGGUGGUAGUAAAGUUAAUGCCGGCGGCUGGCGUUGGUAUGAUAAAGAUGAUGAGUAAAUUGAUAGGAGGUAAGACCGAUUCCAAACUAGUUAUGGCAUACCAGAAAAACACAGUAAAGCAUUAUAUUUAAAGGAAAAACACACUCAAGAAAAUAAACAGACAAAAAAAAACAAACAAACAAAAACAAAACAAUUGUAGAAACAAAAGCGAGAUCGAGGGAAGAAAGGAAGAAGAGGAGGUAAAAAGUAAACAACAACAACAACAACAAAAAUCAUCCGUAUUUUUGGGGGCAGAAACGAACAAAACUCACAUAAAAAGAAAAACAGAGAGGCAUAGUAGGCAAGGACGAAAAAAAAAAUGCAAUUGUUGCAGAAUUAUGGAUGCAGUGACGGACGGCUGGACGGACGGGUCCAGAGUGUGCUGAGAUCGAUCGUACUACACGUGCGUGCUGCUGCCGCUGCUGUUGCUGCUACUGUAGGUGAAUUGAUUGAGCGAGCGAGCAAAAGGAAGCAGAAAACCGGGAACGCUCAGCUAGCUGCUGCACACCCCCCGUCGGUGGUUUAGUUUAAUUGGGAUGUAGAAAGCAGAUAUUUUAUUUGAGUCUACGCGGUGAAAUGAUAAUAUAAUAGUAAUAUUAAUAUUCACACUAUACUACUAGCAAACGAGCCGCGCGCCAGCAUGCAUAUACCACCACCACCACCAUCACCACCACGACUACCACCACCAUCAAGUAUCAAGGUGCGGAUUACCCGCCAUGCCGAAAUACCACUACUACUACUACUCUUUAGACAAGAUAAACCAUUCAGGCAGAUAACAGCCACAGGGUCACACAAAGAAUAUUAUGUGCAAUUUGGAAGGAAUCAUAAUUUGGACGUAAAUCCGUAAUUGAAUUGACAGAACGCAAUAAUACAGGAAGCGAAGCGUGGAAACAUCACACGAUCAUCUGGAGAAUUACACUUGGUUAAACCACAAACGAAAACUGACGAAAAUAGUACCCGCUUUUUGUCUACCCUCUGGUUCCUCCUCUCCCUCUCUGUUGCUGUAUUGAACAUCGCGUGACCAUUUGACCCCUUAGGAGCUUCCCAUCCCCCCGAGGCCGCUUCCAUUGUGUGUCGUUUGCUAAAAAGCUAAGCUUAUAAUUGUUGCAUUUGAUGAUCCGUUUGCUUUAUGUGGCCAAAGGGAAGUUGCCUUCUAUUUUCUUUCACAACAUUCUAUUCGUAAUUUGCGAAAUUUCACCUAUGGAAAGCGAUCAUGAGCUACGGAGGAGACGGGCGCGGGGUUUGGGACAUACAUACAGAAAAGCACACACAGCAAAUAUAAAGCGUACCAUACGAAAUUGACCAGCGUUAUCAUGGCGAGAGAUGGAGGCGAAAUAGUAGAUUUAAUUAGUUGAACAACUUGAUCGAUCAGUCAAUCCCAGAGUACACGGAGUAGCAGGACAAAACUACACACACACACACACACACACUACUGCAUACACGCCACAGAUUACAAAAGUUGCGCUAGAGUUGUACCACGAAGAUGCGGAAAUUGAUUGGAAAUUUUGGAAAAUACUUCCAAAAGCUUGUUUGUUGUGUGUGUGUGUGUGCGCGCUAAGCGGCAUAUGUUUGGAAGAAUGUAAUCUUUAAGAGGCGCAAUUGUCGUUAGAUCAGAAACCCUUAUCACAACAAAACAAACAGACAAAACACGGUGGUGACAAAAGACAGGGAACGGGGGGUAAAAAAGAGACGAAACGAAAACGAAUUCAGAAUUCCGUGCGAUUCGUGUGUGUUGUUUAACUGUGAGACACCUUUUUGUAAUAGUUCUCCGAUGAGUGUUGAGAUAGAGACAGCGAGAGAGAGAGACAGAGACAGAGAGGGAGAGCAUGAAGAGCAGGAAUCCUAUCUUUCGCUUUCUUCCGUUCGGCUUUGUGAAGCUGGCGCAAUUACGAUGUUUGACUGUGUGAAAACGCGGUCGAAUUCAAACGUGUUUGGUUGGUGGUGAUGAUGAUAGUGUGCUUGAUUUGUAAAAGAUUCCCAAAUAAAAAAGGACCUCUUCUCCCCUUAUACACACACACACACCCGGUUUAAAAGACGUAAUUCGUACUAGCGAAGAGUUAACAGCGUGUUUAUUAUUGGCAAUAGAGUGUACACGACGGCUCCUCCGGUGCUAGUAGUAUCUAUAGAGCGAGAGCGAGGGAGAGUGAGAGAGGCAUGAAUAGAGAGAAACACUCAUACACAUUUAACAUAAUGAAAGAUGUAUAACUCCAAAUUUCCCUUCAUUACAGGGUUUUACAGGAGUUCUCAUAGUGGUGGGACACUGCCUUGACACUUUUCUUAUAGGAAGUGAACUUCUUAUGAUGGACUUGGAAAUUCCUAUUGGAUUUGCCCAAUAAGGAUGCUUUAGGAUCAAAUUCCAAUUGCAAUAAGUUCGUUUUAUUUAAGAAGGAGUCAAUAAAGUGUGCCAGAGCUAUGAGAACUCCUGGAAAACCCUGCAUGGAUACUACUAAAAGCAACCCAAAACGUUACAAACGUCUUUUCCAAGAAAGCAGCGAGCAGUGUGGAAGCGCAUUAUUCAACGGCAAGCUGCACAGUAACGAACACAUAAACACCUCCACCAAACACGAACCAACUAACCAACCAAACAGCGCCACCCCAAAAAAACCCAUCACUAUUCUACUCUACACAACAACACACACACCCAAAAACUAAAAAUCAAACGCGCCCGAAGAAGCGAAGAAGCUCUGCAGAAAAGUGCUAUAAAAGUGCGCAGGAAACGCAGGUGGAUGGGAGGGGAGGGGGGGAUACAUCCCGCUCCCACCCUUUUUCGAAGUUCGAAGUCAAUAAAGAGGAAACAUGAUACACAUUCUGUA